GACUGACUUUCACAUGACGUUCUAAAUACCAGACUAAUGUUUUUGGUAAUUUAUCCCUCUUCCUGGGCAAAUGCUUAUGUGCUGUAAGUUUUUAAUAAUUGUGCUAAAAAUGUAUAACUUGUAUAAUUACUCGUGUUUGUCAUGAACUUCCAAGUUCAGCUUUUCACAGUCGUACUUGGUCAUGAAGCCGUUAAAAACCACAAAGAAUGGCAUCAAAUGUAAACACAGAUGAUUCUGAGGCUGGUCCGAAAGAAAAUACAACUGCGGACGGAGGUGAUUCGCCUGCCGGAAGUGUAGUUACUGCAAACGUUUCAGAUUCUAAAUGGAUUCAAGUUUAUGUCAAUGGCGACGAACACUUCCCAGGUUUUAGGUGUUUAGUGAACAAGAAACACUACAGAAAUUAUGAUUCACUAUUAAGUUACUUGACAGAAAAACUUCAACCUAGCUUCGGGGCAGUGAGAAAUAUUUAUACACCUGCAAAUGGAACAAAGUUAGAGGAACUCAAAGAUUUAAAAAUGAACCAUAAAUAUGUAGCUGCAGGCAGUGAACGAUUUAAAAAGCUCGAACCUGGAUAUGCAGAAAUUGGAGGAAAUCUUAAAAAACCUGUUCGCAAGGUCAACCCAAAGGUCAAGCCUGCUAGCCAUAGUAAAGUCCAAGCUUCUGUCAAAAUUCACAAUUCCAUACCUGACAUGCUGACAAUCUUUGCUUUCAAUAAUGGAGAUGGGUUCACAUCUCCCCAAAAGAUCCUUAUCAGCAAGCAUGAAUUGAAGAAUUGGAGCCAAGUGUUACAGACAAUUGGAAAAAAUGUCCAGCCACAGUCUAGAGUUGUUAAAAGGUUACAUACAAUUGAUGGACAACCUGUAAAUGGACCAGAAGACCUAGUUAGUGGUAGACAGUAUGUGGUUGUUGGCAACUCUGAAACCUUUAAGAAAGUAAAUUAUGGGAUGAGCAAAGGAAAUCUUGCAUCUAAAAAACUUUCAGUAUCACAGCCUUCUCCAGCGAAAGGAGUAAAAACAGGAACAAAUAGAACUACAAAGGCAAAAACCAAAAGUGGCAAUCAACAGUCAGCUAGAAUUAAAAAUGAAGAUGUACUUUCCACAGAAAAAUGUGAGUCAAUCUCUAAAUCAAGUACUGCCAGUUCUGAGAAUCUCUUUCAUGCCAAAGGUAUCAGCGGCACAUCAGCUGGACCUACCAGAGAGGUAGACCUUGAUCAAGACUUGGGUGGAGUAUAUAGAGCUAAACAACAUAGCCCAUUGACAGAAGGAGCAACAGAAAUUAAUGAAACUCCUGAUACUGCUGUGGAUUUACCAAUUGAUCAACUAGAGGCUGAAGAAGUUUUGGAAGAAGAUACCAAUUCAGAUAAUGAACAAAAGAUCCAUGAAUUAAGCUUUGUUGCUCCCAGUGAGUUGGUUCCUUACUUACCCUCUAUGCAAGGAAGACACAAUGUCAGUAAACACAAAAUAUCUCAGCAGGAAACAAGUCACAAUGUAUCUCAACGUAUAAUAGCCUAAGAAGCAAUCAAUGUUUGUGAAUCACAAUAUGAUUCACAAACAGUGCAUCAUAGCAGAAUAAGGCAGUAAUGUCAGUAAUCACAAUAUGAUUCACAAACAGUACAUCAUAGCAGAAUAAGGCAGUAAUGUCAGUAAUCACAAUAUGAUUCACAAACAGUACAUCAUAGCAGAAUAAUUCAGUAAUGUCAGUAAUCACAAUAUGAUUCAUAAACAGUACAUCAUAGCAGAAUAAUUCAGUAAUGUUAUUCAUCACAAUAUGAUUCAUAAACAGUACAUCAUAGCAGAAUAAUUCAGUAAUGUCAGUAAUCACAAUAUGAUUCACAAACAGUACAUCAUAGCAGAAUAAUUCAGUAAUGUCAGUAAUCACAAUAUGAUUCACAAACAGUACAUCAUAGCAGAAUAAUUCAGUAAUGUCAGUAAUCACAAUAUGAUUCACAAACAGUGCAUUAUAAUUGUAUAUACUUGUUAGAAAUCACAAUCUAAUUCACAAAAGACCAGUUACAGUGCAAAUUCAUUCAUCACAAUAUGAAACAUGAGAUCAGUCAUUGCAAAUCCAGGUCGUAAGAACAGGCAAUGUCAGUCUUAACAAUAUGAUUCAUAAGAGACUAGUCAUAAUGCAUUAUAAUUUUAUAUUUAAUGUCAUUUAUUACAAUAUAAUCUCCAAAAAGAUCAGCCAUAAUGUAUUACGUUUUACAAACAAGCAUGGAAAUUACAAUUUACAUGUAAUACAGGAGAUCAGUCAUAGUGCAUCAUUGCCCAAUGAGCAGUUAAUGUCAUUUGUCAUAACAUGAACCACAAGAGAUUAGUCAUUAUGCAUCUUAACAUUAAAAGUAACUAGCUCAGGUCCUCAUGCUACAUAGGCAUUUAGUUCAUUUGCUUCAUGGAAAUUGGAAGACAGCAUGCUUGCAAAUAUAUUAAAUACUGGCAUAUACUUUUCUAGAAAUUAAUUCAUACUGGCCAGUUUCUUUAUAUUAGUAGGAGAUCUAGUCCAUACCCAAGAACCCGUGAAAGUUUCAUGGCAACCAGAGCUCAGGAAAUAGGCACUAAAACAAAGCAACUGGAAGAAUUUAAAUAGUUGUCAAACUCAAACAUUGGAAAAUGAAUGCAGUAUAAGGUUUAAGGAUCCCUCUGGGAUAUACCCACGGUGAUCAGAGGGCAGGAAGUUGGAAAAUUUUUUCUCACAAACAAACAUUAACUGCUUUAUAAUAUAGACAUAUCAUAACCUUAUAAAGAAGCAAUGUCCAUUUUGAUCCAUAAAAGACCUGUCACAGUUCAUCAUAACUUUAAACAGUCAGUGUUACUAAAUGUAGGCUAGUUUGAACAAUCUUCAAUGCAUAAAAACUAACAGUAAUCAAACCAAGAACCAGUGAAACACCAGCCAGUUUAGCAAAUCUAUUUACAAUGUUGCAGCAUGAGAAAUAGCCCACUUAGUGUCACAAUAUAAGAGACAAUCGACUUACUAACACACACACCUUAUAAAUAGUUCAUUUAUUGUCACAACUUGCAACUGCUCUCCUACUAUCAGGUCUUGAGUAUAAUCACAAUGUGAGAAUUAAAAUAUUUAUCUUCACAACCUGAAAAUCAACUCUCCUAAAGUCUUUGAAAGAUGGCUCUCUUGUCACAUGCCAAGGAAAAUUUAUUUUCUCUUCACAAGUAAGGACAGUUAUUCGGCUUUUAUAUGCAAAACUAUUCAGUUUGUGUAACGUAACACAGUUAUUAGAGCAAUUAUAAUUAUUACAUUAUUUUACUAAACCUAGUAACCAACACUAUCAUAAAUAAUACCAUCAGUAUUAAAAUAUAGUUAAAUCACAAAUAUUUUUGCUCAAAAAAUUAUGACAAGUUAAUUCUAUGAAAUAGAUGUCUAUACAAGAGUACAUGUUUCUGUCUAAGAGCCUUGGAAAUGUUUAUAAGAGUUAGAUAUUUCAAAUAAAUUUAUC